UGUCAGGAAAAUGCUGAAUUCCACCUGUUCAAAAACAGAUCAUCCACAAUAUCCUCUCAAACAAGUGUAUCUAGUGUGACUUUCAGUCUGACUGUAGACGUCUCACAUCAGGAUCAGUACAGCUGUGAUUACUCUUACAGGAAUGACAUCAUCAAGUCUUCCAGGAGUAACACUAUUGAAAUCACUGUAGUGAACCUGCAGAAGCCCAAUAUUUCUCUCAGUGGAUGGUUUGACUUUGGUCAUCAGGGUUCAGUGAUCACCAGAGGUCACAACUUCACUAUUACUUGUUCAUCUAAAUCUCAGUAUUCUGGAGGCUUCUUCUCUCUGUUCAGUGGAUCAAACAUCAUCAGUAGUGAAUCAGCUGUCAAUCAUUCAGCCGUCUUCAUCUUUCCUGAAGCAGAUUAUUCACAUGAGGGAAACUACAGUUGUGUUUAUGAAGUGAAUGUGUCCUCACGUACCUUACAUUCAAAUGCGUCUGACCUGCUGCUCAUCAAUAUCAGAGCCUCUCUGCUUCCUGUCAUUGGUGCUGUUGUGUCAGCUGUACUUCUCAUCUUCUCUGCUCUUGUUAUCGUCUUCAUGGUGAAGAGAAGACAACAGCAGAACAAUAAGGAGAUUCCUAAAGUGCUUCUUUAAGAAGGGUGUGGAUAAUACAUAUGAAGGUGCCUGUGAGACCAAUAAUGAAGAGGAUGAUGAGGACAUCUAUCAAAAUGUGGAACUUGAUCAGAAAGACUGUAAAAAUGUAAGCAGCGAUGACUCUGAACAGGACUCUAUUAAUGUGUAUGCGGAUAAUUCAGAACAGGAUUAUGGUAAUGUUGAUAUUACAGAAAACAGCAGUACGGUAGACGGUAAAUGUGAUGAUGACCUCUAUGAAAGUGUUAUGGGUAAUGAGUGAACCUGAAAUACAGUAGAUUUACCUUAAAGACAGCAAUAUUCAUCAAAAACUGAUGGUCCAAAUGAUGAUGAUGUUAUGAUGAUGUAGUUUGGCGUUGCACUGUCUAUGGUCACACUGUAAAUGCUUUGAUUCAUCUUUCUGUUUUCUUUAAUUGCUUUAUAUAUAUAUUUUGUUAUAAAUAACAAAUAUUGCUAAUAAGGUACAGAUUUAAAUUUAAUUGUUACUGAAAUGAUACAUUAUGUUUUGCGAUCAGAAUAAUUUUAAUUUUCUGUCCUGAUGUUUUUGUUUAUUAAUAAAGUGUGAAGAUGG